AUGACAGAAAUAAACUAAUAUGAAACGAUUAUAAUGAUUCUAAAAAAUCUGAACAAUCCAAAGUUUGCUUCAUAAUACGAGUAACAACUUAAUCGCCUCCCCUUCUUUAGCUUUUACAAAUAGGUUUUAAAAACGAAUACAUUCACGCAAAGUGCCUCUAAGUAUAUCUAACUUCUGUAUUUGAAAAAAGGAUAAGUCUAUAAGCAUUAGAGUAAAAUGGAAAUAUAUUAAUAGCUGACUCAAUUGAAAGUGUAAUAAUAUUGCUUGAAGGGAGCUUGUCUUUGAUUAAAAAUGAUCAAAAGAAACAAAAACUUGUAAAGAAAGUAAAACCACCAGAUCAUCUAUUUUAAGCAGAAAUCUAUAAGAAGACAGAGGGUUCAAUGUAACAUUCAUCUAAUUCCAAGAAAAUAUAUUAUAGUGAUCUAAUCUUAUUAUAGAAUGUAUUCUUGCAAGAUCAAGUACUAAAAAAGGAAGAAAUGGGCUCGAUAUAGGAAAUGCGUAAUUCAAGAGUUAGUAGACAGCGAGUUCACAUAUCUGAAAGAUUUGGAGUUAAUCAUCUAGAACUUCUACAUUCCAUUAUAAGGAAUUUUGACAGAAGCUUAAUCUAAAUAAUUAUUCAGAAAUUUGAAACAAAUAUAUUUACUGAAUAAACAAUUUUUAUUUGAAAUCUCAGGUAUUUUCACAUGCUUAUUAAACUAGAAAGAUUCAGCAAUUUUAAUUAGCAUACUUGUUUUGGCAAGAUAUUUGAUAAGUAUGUCCAAUUUUUUAAAAUAUACUUUGAAUACACUUCUGGUUUCUCAAUAGAAGUUGUUUCAACUUUAAGAAAUGAGAUUCCAAAAUUGAAUGAUUUUAUUUUAGAAUUGGAGGAAGCAGAUAUUUUUAAAGGAGGCAAUCUAGAAUCAUAUCUUAUCAAACCAGUGUAAAGAUUGCCCAAAUAUGUCCUUUUACUUAAGGAUUUGAUCAAACACACUUGGUAAUCUCAUCCAGAUUAUGAGUCUCUUCAAGUGAGUGUCAAUAAAUUCAUAGAAGUCAAUUACAAAAUUGAUAUUUUGAUGGAUAAGUAAGAUUAACAAUUUAUUUAGUGUACUCAAGAAUCAAAUGCUCUUCGAAUUGUAGAAACAAUUUUUUGAUUAAAUCAAUGUAUCCAUUGUAGAAUCGACUAGAAAAUAUGUUCAAAGUGAAACCAUUAAUGUGCUUGUCUCAAAAUAAUAGAAGUCAGUUAUUGUGUAUAUUUGCAAUGACAUGAUAAUCCUUACCUAGAGAAAUCAAAAUGCUUUAGUUAAAUAACACGAAAAAUUGUAUGAAUAUCUUUACCUUAAUGAGAAAUCUUAUUGCAAAAACAAACCUGAAACUCAAUAUUGCAAAUUCUUAUUUACGGUUUCCUCUUAGGAACAAUCUAUAACAUUCAUUUGUUAGGAUGCUGAACAAAAAUAGAAGUUACUAACCUUAUGUGAAUCCUUAAUUAAUGACAUCAAGAUGAAGUAUCAAAAGUUGGAAAUUGUUUAAGAGUAUGAUGUCUAACCCAUAUAAGUAUUCGCCAAGGGUACGGAAUUAAGAAAGUCCAUCCUUAAAUCAUAUACAGUUUAUGUGAUGAUUGUAAAUAUAGAAUUCACAAUAGAUUUCCACAGGAGCUUAAAAUUUAACACUACUAACCAGAUACAGUAGUUUAAUAAAAUUGGAACAAUUAUUAAGAAAGCAAUACCCAGAAAUUUAAAUUCCACAUUUAAGUAAGAAUUAAUGGGCCAGCAACAAAAAAACCCAACUAAUAGAAGCCAGGAAAAUCAUUAUUGAAAACUUCCUUGAAGCUGUUCUGAAUUCUUCUCUUAUCAAAUAACAUCCAGAAUAAGUACUGAAAUAUCUAGAAUUGCCCCCUUCAUUUUACUAGACAAUUAAACCUAUUCCUUGUUAGACAUAGCCAGAAAGAGAAAGUUUAAGAAAAAUAAUGAAAUGCUCUUCGUUUAAUUCAGACGACAUAUCACUUAGUGAGACAUUGAGAUUUGUAAGAAAUUCCAAUACAUUAAGAUAAACAAUGCAUCACAAAAGUUUAAAAGUUAGCAAUCAAACUAUCAAUAUUAAAGUAUCAUCUCCUUCUAUACUAUUAGUUAAUGUUCUUAAAUGAACUUUAUAUCUUUUUACCAAUCAGUCCUGAAUUAAGAGUAGCUGAUCUAAUAGAGAUGGCAGCUGAAGUUAUUAAUUUAUAAAGUUUCGAAGAUUUUAAAUUCUUCUUAAUUAAUGGCUAAGAGGUUAGAAUGCUUGACGACUAGGAGUGCAUUCCUCAAAUUGAAUUAAAUAAAUCAUUUUCUGAAGGCAUUGUCUCAAGGAUUUCUUUCAUAAUCAAAGAACGAGAAAAGUAAGAGACUAAAUUGUUACUCAAAAAAUACUUAUAUUUACCUCCAAAGCAAGAGCAAAAAGACUAUUAAUCAGAUCCAGUAAGACUUAAUUUAAUGAGUCAUCAAGCAUUUGACGAUAUCAAAAAUAUGAAGUUUAAGCUCACCUUCUCAUAAUAUUGCGUGUAUUCCAUCUACUAUCUAAUCAUUAAGCAUUAUGAACAUUUCAAACAUGUAAUGAUAAUUAGUAAUGUUUAGACUUUUACGAAGCAAUCUUUGCCCAUCCAUAUGGUAAAGUAAUUGAUUCCUGAAAAAAUUUAUAAACAAGAGAAAGAGAAAACUUGGGUCUCUGAAAUAUAUACAGCCAUUGGAGUUGUAAAGUAGGAAAUCGAAUACAUAAUUAAAUAACAUGAUAAGAAUUUACAAGGAAUAAAAACACACGAAUAGUAGUUCUAAUACAUCGCUGAAUUGCUUUUUAUGGAAUCUCUCCAAUAAAACUAAUUCUAUGGGCUCCAAAAUUUUAAUAUUGAAAUUCCAAAUGCAAGCAAAGACAUAUUACAAAAGUUUAUAUUAUUAUUUUACUUAGAUUACUCAAGUCUCAACUGGAAACCUACUCUAUUUUAGGAGUUAAAUUCGAUCGAUUUCUUAUUAUACAGAAUAUGGAAGUAAAAAUGGAAAUCUUGCUUAAGGACAUUGUGAAUCCUUAACCAUUUCCUUUUUAUUUUCAGUUUCAAUUGCAGUAGAUUCAAGAUGAAAACAUUGUAUUGAAAACUCCAAGUGGUUUAGAAAUAUAGAAACUUUAUGAACUUUACUCAAAUAUCUCCACUACUGUUAUGAUGUGA